AUGAAUAGGGUAGCCAAAAGCAAAAGGAUAAGGGUGUUAAUCUACUUGUCAAUAUUAGCAUUGGUAGCAUUUUCUAUAUACAAUCUUUGGUCAACUAGGCGCUCGAACUUAAAGCCAUUGAAGCAAAGCUCAUGGGAAGCCAUUCAUUCAAUUGACAAAAAUGUUGAUAAUAAAGGAAAAGUACAGAUUCAAAACGAGAAGUCGGAAUCUAGUAAUCAAAUAGAGGAUACAGAAUUUCAGAAAGAUAAUGAGAAGGGUUCAUAUUCUGGUAAACAAAAAGAAAAAGAUCAAAAGCCCCUGAAACCCUUAAAAUCAAAUGCUAAAUCUCAAGGUCUGCCUGCCUCAACUGCCCACAAGGAUCAAAAAUCAGAAAGUAAGGCGGAUGAUAGCAAUAAGACACUAAAUAAUAAGCUUGAUAAUUCUCUCGUUCCGCCACCAAUUCUCGAUCAGGAUGAUGAAGAUGAUCGUGAAGGAGUCCGGAAAUUACCCGUGCCUGCCCAGAAGUUGCCUGGAUAUCCUCAAGAUAUUGCAAGACCUGAUAGGAAAAAGAUAAACCCAUUGAGAUUUAGACUCUAUUCUCAUAACGUGCAUGAAAGUUUAGAAGAGUUUCAACUUGAAGGAGAAUUACCAUGGGCUCAAAGAGUCCAUAUGGUCUCUAGUUCUAUUAACUUCAACAGCAAGGAAAAUACAAUAGUUAUGCUUCAAGAAGUGAAAGAUUUUCAAUUGAAUGAUAUCUUAAAGAGACUAAACCAAUAUGAAGGUGCGAUUCAAGAUGAGUGGGAAGCUUAUGGGGCUCACUCCAAUGGAGAGAAAGUAAAAGGAACGAAUGUACCUAUACUAUUUAGGAAGUCUGAAUGGGAAGUAAAGUAUAGCUAUACGCAUUCGCUUAGUGAAGAAGAAAAGUCUCUCAAAAGCAGUUCCUACUCAAAAAACAUAAGAGUAUGUUUGGUAACGUUUAUGCAUAUUAAAACUGGGAAUUAUAUAAACAUAUUCAACACGCAGUUAGAUGCAAAAAGCAAGGAAUCUCGCGUGAUCUCAAUUGAAACUAUAAAAGCUCUUUACGGUUCACUAGAUCACGAUUGGCCUACCUUUAUAAUCGGUGAUUUGAAUUUUGAAUAUGGUGCUAAACCAUACAAGUCGCUUGAGAAGUUAUUUACCAAUGUUAACACUUUGAAGAGUGAUUUGACAAAUUUUGGCCACUCUAAAUCAACAUUAACUGGUUUUGAUGGUGAUGAGAUUGCUAAUGGUGGUACAGACAUCGACUAUAUAUGGACUCUGAAGAGUAUAAAAGAAUUUGAGAGCGAGAAGGAGUGCAAACCGAAAGAUUCACUCGACUUUAAGCUUCAUGGGUUUGCUUUAAUUCACUCUAAGUACAUGGGAGAAUAUAUGAGUGAUCACAGGCCGCUAGUCGGUGAUUUUUCCAUAGAAAGGUGCAACUAA